AUGGCAAAUGCAGACGAACAGAUCCUGGUCACGGGCGCAACGGGGGUGGUGGGACGCUCGGCCAUGCAGUACUACGGUGAGCGGGGGUACAAGGUGAUUGCCGUGUCUCGACGACGGCCGCUGAACACGUACGGGGCAUCGUGGCACUCGCUGGACCUGUCGGACGAAGCGGCGUGCAAAGCGCUACUGUCGCCGUUGACGGGGAUCGCGCAGAUCGUCUUCGCGGCGUUGCACGAGGAACCCAACCUGGUGGCAGGGUGGCAGGAGAAGCAGCACGUCGACCGCAACGCGCUCAUGCUGCGCAACACGGUCGAGGCCGUCGCUCCCUACGCCAGGAACCUCCGCAACGUGACGAUCCUGCAGGGCCCCAAGGCGUACGGGGUGCACGUGCACCCGAUCCGCCACGGGGCGCGUGAGGACCGCGACGAGGACCGCUCCAUCCAAAACUUCUACUGGGCCCAGGAGGACUACCUCAAGGCGCGACAGCGGGGCCAGCCGUGGAGCUGGAACAUCCUCCGCCCGUCGCUCAUCAUCGGCCUGAGCAUCGGCGGCGCCAUGAACCUCUACGCCACCAUCGGCGUCUAUGCCGCCGUGCUCAAGGAGCGCGGCGAACCCCUCUACUUCCCGGGCCAGGGCCAGGGCGUGUUCGAAUCGACCGACGCCGACCUGAUCGCCGAGGCGUGCGAAUACAUCCUCCUCCACAACGACACCACACAGAACCAGACCUACAACCUCACCAACGGCGAGAGCUCCUCCCUGCGCGAAGACUGGCCCCUGAUCGCCCACUCGCUCGGCAUGCAGCCCGGUCCGGACAGACCGUUCGCCUUUGCGCGCGACCUCCCCUCCUUCAGCGCCGACUGGGACCUCAUCCGGGAGAAGUACUCGCUCAAAGCCCCGCCCUUGGACGAGUUCCUCGGCCAGAGCGCGCAGUUUGCCGACUUUGUCUUUGCAAAGGGCGCGACGGACCCGAGUUUUAUGAGUUGCAUCAAGAUCCGGAGGGCGGGGUUCGCGGGGACCGUCUACACGGACGAUAUGAUUCGCAAGUGGUUUCGGUUGUAUCAGGACGAGGGGUUGUUGCCGGCUGUGUCUGCUUGA